AUGGCGGACUCCGACUUCAAAGAUAAGAAGCAACCGGACUACGGUCUGGAAACUGAAAGCGAUGACCCGGAUUCCUUCAAUACAAUUACCGCUCUGGUUGCUGAAGAUCACGAACAUGAGAUCAAGCUUCGGACGAUGUCUUGGCAAAAGACAUCCAUUCUCUUGGCCGGCGACCAAGUCUGUCUGGCCAUCAUGGCACAGUCCUGGUCUCUUUCUGUGCUGGGAUGGGUGCCGGGCAUAAUCACCAUGGUUCUCUGCGCUGUCCUGUUCUGGAUCACGUCUAUUACCAUGCACAAGUUCAUCAUGAAAUAUCCACAAAUCAAGGAUAUCUGUGAUUUCGGAUAUUAUGUCUUCGGAAAGAGUCGUGUGGCAUUCGUAUUUUCCGCAUUUAUGCUACUGGCCAACAAUAUCUUGCUCAUCGGAUUCCAUGUCCUUACCGGCGCCAAGGUGCUGAAUACACUAUCCGAUCACAGCCUGUGCACUUCCGUUUUUGCCGUCAUUGCAACAAUCAUGGGCAUCGUGAUGUCUAUUCCACGAACUCUGAAUCACGUCAGCUCUAUGUCAAUGGUAUCCUCCGCCUGCAUGGGAAUCGCCAUCCUCCUCUUCCUCGUCUUCGCUGGAAUUGAAUCCGCCCCUCUGUACGGGUAUGACGGGAACUACCCGACCCUCGGCCCUGUCGAGACAUACGCAUUCCCCAAACCAGGAACAACAUGGGUCGCAUGCAUGAACGCCGUCUUAAACAUCACAUUCCUUUGGGUGCCCCAAAUUCUAUUCCCAAGCUUCAUAGCCGAAAUGGAGCGCCCGCAAGACUUCCCCAAAUCCCUCGCCGUCCUGACCUUCAUCUCGGCGAUUCUCUUCAUCGUCCCCCCAGCUAUUGGGUUCCGGUACCUGGGCCAGUACAGCACAGCGCCGGCAUUCGGCAGUCUCGGCGUGGUCGCGUACAAAAAGGCCUCAUUCGGCUUCGUCAUUGUGCCAACGCUGAUAAUCGGCGUCAUCUACGCAAACGUCACGGCGAAAUUCAUCUACAAGCGCACAAUGGGCCAGUCUAAGCAUGCGCACAGCAACACGCUCAUCGGCUGGGGCGUGUGGGGCCUUGUAAUGGUCGGCAUCUGGCUUCUGGCAUUCGUCUUUUCAGAAGUCAUCCCCAGCAUGGGCGAUUUUCUCUCCCUGCUCAGCGCGGCGUUUGACUCGUUCUUCGGCUUUAUUUAUUUUGCCAUUGCGUACUGGCAGCUUAAUCGGGGUAAGCUAUUUUCCAGCGUUGGGAAGACGGUUAUGACGCUGGUGAAUGUUUUUAUUAUGGUUUGUGGGUUGUUUAUUCUCGGGCCUGGUCUUUAUGCCGCUGUUGAGGCUAUCAUUGCGGAUUAUUCGGGGAGUGUUACGCCGGCUUUUACUUGUGCCAAUAUGGCUCUUUGA